UACGAGUACAGAGUACUGGAGGAGAUAAAGCAACGAAAAGAACAAACAAAACGCCAAGAUAAUCAAAGUAUAUUUUGUGUAGAAUAAACAGAAAAGAGAAGCCUUUAAAAGGCAUUCAAAUGCUAUAUGAGAAAAAUAUUUGAGAGCAGGAUCACUCAUCAAAUAUUCGGUAAAUUUGGUGACUGAAGGACUGACCAUCUCUUUUGAACGCGCCUCCCGUGCAUCCGCGCCGCCGUGAGGGUUAGGGUGCUUUCCCGGCGAAAAAAGAGGUAGCUGGCAUCAUGAACCGUGACAAGCUCGCCAAGCUGUCGGAGCAGGUGCGUGUCGGUGGGAAGGGAGUGCCACGCAGGAAGCGCAAGGUCGUCCACAAGACUGCCAACACUGAUGACAGGAAGUUGCAAAACUCGUUGAAGAAGCUGCCUGUCAGCAACAUCCCCGGCAUUGAGGAGGUGAACAUGAUCAAGGACGACAGCUCGGUGAUCCACUUCAACAACCCGAAGGUGCAGGCGUCGCUGCAGUCCAACACGUUCGCCAUCUCGGGUCACGCCGAGCACAAGCAGAUCACGGACAUGCUGCCGACGAUCCUGAACCAGCUCGGCUCCGAGAGCAUUACCCACCUGAAGCGGUUGGCAUCCUCCGUUCAGGCGACCGGUGGCGCUGGCGGCGAGGGCGCCGGCGACGAUGACGAGGAGGUGCCCGACCUUGUGGAGAACUUCGACGAGGCGAGCAAAGCCGAGGGUCCGACGGCGCCGGCCGCCGACGAGCCCGCCGCCCCGACCCCCGCCGGCGACCAGGCGGCCGACGCGCCGGCCGCCGCCGCGUCAGACGCCACCCCCGCCGCCGACAGCAAGAAGGACGACUAGUGCGCCGACCGCCGCGACGGCUGUAAAUAAACUCCGCGUGCCGUGCCGUGCCGUGCCGUGCCGUGCCGUGCCGUGCCGUGCCGUGCCGAGAGAGACUACUGUGUGCGUGCCGAAGACUAACCGCGUGUGGUGCGCGGCGCGGCGGCCCGCGCGAACGGCCGCCCCCGCCGCCGCCCGAGUCGUGCUGCCCGACCGCCGGCCGGCCGGCCGGCCAGCCGCUUUGAGAAGAGGUUCAUUGCCGACGGUCGUACCCCUGCGCUGUUCUUUUUUAUGAUGUCCCGCCAGGGAUGCAGUGGAAUCUUUACAGUCCAAACAAACAUUUUGUACAGUUUGUCAUGGGUCGACCGAAUAAAUAUCAUCGCCGAUUCCCGAGCUGGUCUCGUUUACGCCGUGCGCCGCGGCUGGUCUUCGGCACGCGGGGAAACCACCGAACGGGCAUAAUACAAGCUGACGCGUUUA